CUAUCUACUAUUGCAGCACUUGUACAGUGUUUGGGCUCUUGUGGGUUGAUUAGCAUAUUUCCUCAAUAACAAUGACUACAUGGACAAAUACAUGGAAAAAAAGAUGAUUAUUAGAUACAUUGCCGUCAGUUAUGGGCUGAGACAGGUGAGAUGUGUCCUCACCACUUUUUGAAAUAGUUUUCAUCAGGUGUGGGGCAUUCUGGUGAGCUGAUGUUGAUGGGGCGCACCGGUGCGCAGUGUGUUUCCUCCCUAUAUGACCCCUAUAUACGAGUGUUUCAUGGCAGCGGACAUGGCAAAUGACUUAUUCCAGCCGUUACAAAGACGAUAGGCCUACAGGACUUUAUUAGCAGAAUUACAUGGGAAUUGCAUGCAUUUUCCAUCCAUGUGUACAUUUAACACAAUAAAAAUAAUUGGCCUGGAUAAGGUGGUGACAUUUAGUCCAGAUUGCCAGUUCUAUAUGUGAAGCAUAGAAACAUUUAGAAUUUGUAUAUGUGUUUAAUAGACAAUGUCUUGGUGCUCUAAUGAUAUACAUUUUGCUACUUAUUUUUAAUUAUGCAAAAAAAAUAGCAAAUUCAUGGACAUUUGUAAUGUGAUAGUGACCCCAAUGAAUGAACUAGUACUUGUUGCAAUGAAGCUUGGUACCUUGAUCCAUAAGAACUAUGCAUGGGCGCUUGCUUUGUUGCGGUCACCCCUCAUAGUCUGCAAGCCACCCCCUUGCCACUCCAUAAAAAAAUUCUAGAUCCACCCCUGCAGUGAGGGACCUAAUUUUUUCCAUCAAGACUGUCAUUCUUACAAUGUCAUGGCUGUAGACCUAGUUAUUACACAACAGAAAUGAUAAGCUAACCGUUUUCCCAUGUACGGCCCAGUAAAGUUGCCCUUUGCCAUCCUUUUAUGAAUGAAAAGUUGAAAUGAAUGCACCCCUGUGACAUCAUCUAAAUCCCACCUACUGAUGUGCCUUAUGUCACAGUCAGUGCCCUACUGGAUAAUUGCUGUUCCCAGACUUUAACCUUUUUAUGGGUUAACAAAAUGUUGGGUCAGGCUCAGAUAUAAGCACAUGAUUCCUCCUUUAUUUUAAGCAUGUAUCACAGUUCAGAUAUUUGUUGUCCUUGUUGCCAUUGUUCUUGACAUGCUGGGUAGUAAUGGAUUAUCAGGAUUAUGUAAUCAGAUGAUUACAUAUAAAUCAGGUAAAGGGUAAUAAGUAUAAUUGUUCAUAAGUUAUGAAUCCCUCUAAUUCUUCUUUUGAUUUGUGACAGUGAUUCAAAAAUAUAACUAGUCUGAUCUGUUACCACAAAUGAAAGGUAAUGCAAACAUUGCAGGAAUCAGAACAUUUUAGUGCUUUUUUAUUUAUCUCAGAAUUAGACAAAUAGCAAGUAACACACACACACACACACACAUCAUAUUGAUUCUCAUAUUUUGAUCCAUUCAAGAGAUAGUUAACCCAAACUGAAAACUGUAUCAUUAUUUUCUCACCCUCAUGCCAUCUCAGAUGUGUAUGACUUUCUUUCUUCUGCAAAACGCAAACAAAGAGUUUAAAAAUAAGAAGAAUAUCUCAGCUCUGCAAUUGAUGCAAUGCAACUGAAUGGUGGCAAGAACUCCAAAGCUAAAAAAAGCACAUAAAGGCAGCAUAAAAGUAAUCCAUAAGACUAGUGGUUAAAUCCAAGUCUUCAGAAGUGAUAUGAUAGGUGUGGGUGAGAAACAGAGCAAUGUUUGAAUCCUUUUUUUUUUUUUUACUAUAAAUCUCCACUUUACUUCCCCAUUCUUCUUUUGUUUUUUGGUGAUUUGCAUUAUUUGUGCAAAUCACCAACUAGUAGUCUUGGCUGGUCAGAGGUGAAGAUCUAUAGUACUACAAUUUUAGUCAUGUAAUUUUAACUCAGUACCAGAUUACAAUUCAGAAGUAAACUAUCCAGUACAGUUGAACGGUUAAGUGUAAUGUUUUUUUGUGAAGCAUUUGAAUUGUUAUAUUAACAAACAAUACACAUAUAUAGGCUACACCACAUCAGAUAACUGAUGCCAUUAGUCUUGAAACUAAGAAACUGAUAUGCUAAAGGACCUAUAAUGUAACAUAAAUAACUUUUUUAAUCUUCAAAGACCCAUAUAGCCAACUCAAGAGCAAUAUAUGAAUAGUUUUUGGAAGGAAAGCUGUUGUUGUUGGAUGCAAUUUAGACUUCACUAAAUCUCUCUACAAAGACCUGAAGCGCAUGAUUUCUCCUUGUUCUAGUCUAAAGUGAAAGCCCUGAAGGUGUGACCACUGUACUAAGUGCAUUCAUGAUGAUUAAGUUUCCUGAAAAUAUAUGCUCCCUAUCAGGAUGUGCUACCAACUAUUCCCAUAGUUUUAGGGUUGGGGUUAGGUCUUACAGCCUCACACCAUAUCACACUAUCUGAUAGUUAUGCUGGUAGCACAACCUGAUGGGUAUUAUCUGCCUGACAAGAAGUGUUACCUUUUUAACAUAUUUCAUGCUGUUGUAGUAGCCUAGAUAGCCUACAGACAGGUUCUCCCGUUACUCCCGACAUGUGCUACCCAUGAUUUAACUUCCCAUAACACUGCUUUUUACUGCUGGUAGCAUCCUGAGCAGGUAGCACAGAUUGUCAAUCACCUGCCUGGAGCCGGUGUUGUCAACUCCACCCCUCUUUUAUUGCGUCACUCAGUAAGUUUCUGUGUACCGCUUCACUAUCGGCCGCAGUUCCCGCGGAGCCCCCGGUUGCACAUAUUAAAACAGAUACCAUCGUGAAGGGCACUUUGGAAUACCUUCAGCUGGUUUACAAGCUCUGAAAAAAGCACCUAUGGCAAAGAAGGCUACAUCGCUUUUUCUCCGGGCUCUGGAGAUCUCAGAAGGACAGUCGUGUAAUGUCUUGAGGAGAAACUCAAAUUCGACAAUCAGGCAUCUGAGCUCAUGCGGCAUCCUUGCUACAAGAGGAGGGAGCUUACCUCCCCAUUCAGCAUCUUGUCAGGUUGUGCCUGCGCGGAGCUUCAUUAAUUUAUCAGCCAGUCACAUAACACGGAGAAUGGCGUAUUCAGAGAGCCGGACCCUGAGUUACUCACCUGAGCAGAUGUACAACGUUGUUGCCAAUGUGGGCCAGUACCAGCAGUUUGUGCCUUGGUGCAAGAAGUCAAAGGUCACGAGGGGUAGGAACGGGGACAUGCAAGCUCAACUUGAAAUUGGGUUCCCGCCCGUAGUUGAACGCUACACCUCUGAGGUCACGGUUAUCCCAAACCACCAAGUCAGAGCAGUAUGUACAGAUGGCACACUCUUCAGUCACCUUGAGACAUUGUGGCGAUUCACUCCUGGGGCUACAGGCCAAGAUGAUACCUGCAAUGUGGAGUUUUUUGUGUCAUUCGAGUUUAAAUCGUUGCUCCACUCACAAUUAGCAACAGUAUUUUUCGACGAGGUGGUCAAACAGAUGGUUAAUGCUUUUGAGAAACGCGCAGCUAAACUCUACGGCACCAGCGUUCAUCGAUUGCAGACCCCAUUCAGAAGAUUAUCCUGAGAACAUUUCAGAAUUGUUUUAAGUGGACAUAAAGAGUAAAGAACACAUGCAUUGUUAUAAUGUGUCAGCUCUGGAGAAGAACAACUCAUCUUAUUUUGAUCCAGUUUCUUGGAUUUUGGAUUGUUAAUAACAGCACCUACUGUAUACUAGUUGCUGAAACAAGAACACGUUUGUAAAUAUAUAUUUAUUCAAAUCAUUAGAUAUAUAAUUUAUUGACAUGAAUGUGAAUAUCAUUUGAUAUUUAUGAAUGCAGAAUGCAAGGAGAAAAAUGAAUGCAGUGAAUAGAUUCAAGUGUUUGAUAUUUCUGUGGAAUAUAUAUAUUUACGAUGAUUAUGUUCACAUGCUUGACCACAGGAGGUGAAAAAAAAUCUGCUUAAUUAUUGUUGAAUGCACUUUUUCCACACUUUUAAUAAAGAAAAUAAUGUAUUUUCUUAAUCUGCUGUCCUUGCUGCCAUCAAAAGGUUGCUUUGAAAUGACUUCUCAGCACCUCACGUAUCAAAAGUUAAGCCCUUCAAAGAUCUACCUCUGGGUUACAAAAAUUAACCUUGACCUUUUUAAGGUUAACCUGGGUUGCACAUUAUCAUUUUUAUCCACUUCUUUUUUGCUGUGGGUUAAUUAAAAACCUAAUUUGCCUCUGCCAGCAUUUGCAAUAAUGUAUGAUCUACUUCAAACUGAUCUUAGAAUUCAUACAAUGCCAUAUUUUUGCAUAAAUCCCAAUGUUUACAUAUAUAAGAAGACCUCAAGACAUGACUUAACAGGUAUGCAGCACUUCCUGUUCUUGCCUAUGUUUUGUACUUUAAUUCUGUUAAAAUCACUGGCCAAUAUAUCUGCAAUGUGAUUUUCAAUCAGUUGAUAAAUUCUUUAAUCAUGCAGAAACUCUGCCUGAAAUAA